AGGUGGCGCUGACCUGUGAGGCUUUCUGCGGUCGGACCUCAUCAAGUCACUUCUCAUCUCUUCGCCACCGCCGCCGAUUAACAAUGUCGCACUCCGGUGCACAGAAGGGCAGCUCUCUGACAUUGGUGCUAAUGGUUGCCUCAGCAGCCAUCGGAGGAACUCUUCAGUAUGGCUACAACCUGGCCAUAAUGAACGCCCCUACAACUUUUAUCCAAACCUUUAUCAAUGAGACAUUCCUGGAGCGCUGGGAAAUCCAGUUGGAGGACUACCAGGUGACACUGGUCUGGACAAUCAUUGUCUCCAUCUUCUCAUUGGGGGGAUUUGCAGGGGCUCUUAUAGCAGGCCCCAUGACCAUUCGCUUCGGGAGGAAGAAAUGUCUGCUGUUGAACAACAUUUUCCUCAUGACUGGUGCACUCUUAGCUGUGGCAAGUAGAGCUGCCAAAUCUUUUGAGAUGAUCAUUAUCUCACGGGUCCUGGUUGGAAUAAAUGCUGGAAUCAGCAUGAACGUGCAACCCAUGUACUUUGGAGAAAGCGCACCAAAGCACUUACGCGGGGCUAUCUCAUUGUCAUCGGCUGUUUUUACAGCAUUUGGUGUUGUGUUGGGACAGGUGGUCGGACUCAGAGAGAUUAUGGGCAGUGAGCCGUGUUGGCAGUACCUCCUUGCCAGUAACGCCAUUCCUGGCCUCAUUCAGCUGCUGACCCUGCCAUGGUUCCCAGAAAGCCCCAGAUACCUGCUCAUCGACAGGGGGGACAAGGAGGCUUGUAUUAACGCUCUGAGACGUCUGCGUGGCUGUGAGGUCCAGAGCAGCGAGUUGGAUGAGAUUCUGCAGGAACAGGCUGAAACCAAAGGCAUGAGGCCCAGCCGACCCUGGGAGCUGUUUACCGAUCGCUCUGUUCGCUGGCAGCUCAUCUCCGUCAUGAUCAUCAGCAGUGCCAUGCAGCUCUGUGGCAAUGACUCGAUUUACUUCUAUGCAUCGUAUGUGUUUAAAGAGGCUGGCAUUGCUGAUGAUAAAAUCCAGUAUGUCACCGUUGGCACUGGUACUUGUGAAUUCACCGCCUGUAUAAUGUGCAACCUGCUGAUCGAACGCAAAGGUCGGAAGUUCAUGCUGAUGGGAGGGUUCAUUCUCAUGACCGUCUGGGCUGUUGUCUUCACAAUCGCUCUGUCGUUUGAGCACUAUAUAUCGUGGAUGCCAUACCUGAGCAUGACCUGCAUCUUCACCUACAUCCUCAGCUUUGGCAUGGGACCAGCUGGAGUGACUGGUGUUCUGCCCACGGAGAUCUUCAAUCAGACCGCUCGGCCUGCAGCCUACAUGAUCGCUGGCUCCAUGAUGUGGCUCAACCUUUUCAUCACGGGAAUGAUCUUCCCAUUUCUAGUGAGCGAGCUGAGUGAGUACUGCUUUGUGCCUUUCGGAGCAGUCUGCCUGUUUUCUGCGCUCUACGUCGGCCUGUUUCUGCCUGAGACCAAGGGGAAGUCUCUGUCAGUCAUCACAAGUGAAUUUCACAAGCUCAACUUCAAAGGCCAGGACAAAAAGUGUCCAUCGCAGACUCAAGCUCAGUACCAGCUGGGUGAAGUGUGUCUUUCCACAGCCUUGUAAACAGACUUUUUCUCCUGAAACAUACAGUCCCAUCCACUGAACGCCUCACUGUGACCUGACCUGCUUGAACUGGAAGAAGUCAUGUGCAGUCUGACAGUAACGUGGGAAUGUUCACUGUCAUUUCACUGAAAGCAACUUGUAUACACAUAUAUACACCUAUAUGAUGCUGCUCUGUGUCACUGAUUAAUAUGAAACAAAAGUAAUUAAGACUACAGUAUAUUCAGCUAACUGUGGCAGAAGAGAAAUCAUCAGGUCAAUAGGAAGUGAUUCAAUAAAUUCAACUAGAAAAUGUGCUCACUAUAGCGCAGACCUCCACCAAGGCCAGUGUCAAACAACAUACAACAGACUUCAGAGGAAAAAAUUCUAACUCACAGAAAAUGAUAUGCCCCAAAUUAAAUGGGUUCUUCCCUGGCCCAUGAUCCAUCCCUCAGUGCAAAUCGGUUCAUUAGUUUCAGUUUAAGGUAAAAAAAAUAACUGGAUGGUCCGCGGGAGCACUAAUUGCCACCGUUGCUGAAGAAACCUCUGAAGACACAUCUGACAAUUAUUUAUAAAGGUGUUUUUCAGUACAGAAUGAACAUUCCAGCCUAGCACAUAAACAGCAAUGGAUUUUGUUAUGAUAUUUUACAGAUUUUCUUUUUUAAUGUGACAAAGAGAAGUCCUCACAUUACAAUCUGGUUUGGGAGGUCAAAGGUCAAAGUAAGCUGCACACUGGCCUUUCUACAGGUUACUGUGCUUUUCCUGUGUGGCCAAUGGGGGACCAUGUCAAUGAGAAUGUAUUUAGAAGGAAACAAAGACAUGCAGUCAAGUUAAUUUGCACCUUAUUACAUACAAACUGCACAUGCAGCAUUGCACACACCUACUUCACGACAAUGGUACUAUGAUGUUGAGCAUUCAUGCUUUUAGAAGACUGAAAUUAGUGACCAGCAUGAAUGGAAAAUGU